AUGAGUUUUCUCUCUUCUGCCUCUGCUCGCACCUGCAACGUGUUUUGUUGUUCCUCAGACAAGGGCAAUGCAAAAGAAAGAGAAUGGAAAUACCCAAUUCCUGUAAAACACAAAGAUUUGGAAUUUCUUAUCAAGAAGUUAGCUCCGCCUCUCACGGCGGCUCUACUCGCGGUGUCACCGAUCAUUUACCCACCAGAAUCUCUUGCGCAAACUUUGGAUAUACAAAGAGGAGCAACAUUGUUUAAUAGAGCUUGUAUCGGUUGUCACGAUACAGGUGGAAACAUUAUUCAACCAGGUGCAACACUUUUCACAACUGACCUCCAAAGAAAUGGAGUUGAUACUGAGGAAGAGAUAUUCCGUGUUACCUACUACGGAAAGGGAAGAAUGCCGGGGUUUGGAGAGAAAUGCACGCCGAGAGGACAAUGUACCUUUGGACCGCGGUUACAGGACGAAGAAAUCAAGCUUCUUGCUGAAUUUGUCAAGUUUCAGGCUGACAAAGGUUGGCCAAUUGUAUCUACAGACUAG